AUGAAUACUUCAUCUAAUUCAUCGUCAAUGGAAACUGAAAAAAACAUAUUGGAACAGAGUGAACAAAUUAUCGUCGGGCAACUCAUCAGUGACCUCGCCAUAGCAGAUGGAUGCAACGCAAGCAAGAAAGACGAUGAGAUCAAGAAGUUGCGCGAAGAAAUUUUAUCUCACUGCCUAAAUAUCAGUACGGAGAAAAUCGUCGUUAAAAUCAACUCGUCGGGUGUUUCUGACGAUUAUAAGGAGGAGCUGAAAACUAGAAUUCGAGAGCUGGGUCAGCACAUUUUUGAGAAGAAGUUUGAUGAAUAUUACCACCUUCUCUCUAACUUCAAACUUGAAACUACCGAAGCAUAUGAUUCGUUUGUUAAAAAAACGAAAAAUGAAGCUGGUCGAGUCAUGUGUGACAAAAGCACUGAGGGCAAGGACAUGUUUGAUGACAAAAAAUGGCAGAAGUUUGUGCAGUCUCGCAAACCAAAUUUGGAAAAGCAUCUCAAAGAAAUCAAGUUCGCUUUGCUCGAAAAGAUGCCGGAAGUUCCCAAGGAGUUGAUGGAAAUGCCAUUGGCCAAAAUGUUCGAAGUUUUCGAGUUGAAAUACCAGGUAGAUGUUCUCAAGGCCUACGUCAAGUUGCAAAAAAUGCAAAGCAACAUAUUCAAAAAAAUUCUCGAGCAGACAAAAAACGAAAACAAGCAAUUGGAGUACGAACGUUCCGUCAGACAACAAACGGAAAACUUGGUCUACACGAGUUUUGCCGAUGGGCACACAUACGUUCUCCCGCCGCCACCAAAGGCGGGAGAUCGUGUAGUGCCAACCGGAAAAAUGGUGAGAUGUAUCUGUAAGCCGGACUGCGAGAUGACCUCCGGCGAGCCGGAAUAUGUUCUCUUUGCGGAGAUUAUGAAAAGACAGUAA